AGGGGAAUCUCUGCAACCACAGACUUCUGUACCAGGUGGUUUCCUCCGGCGGCUGGGGGAACCUUGGAGGCAGAACCCAGAAGCACAAUGGCCUCUGACCUAGAGAGCAGCCUCACCUCCAUAGACUGGCUGCCCCAGCUGACUCUCCGAGCUAGUAUUGAGAAGCUGGGGAGCGCUUCUCAGGCUGUGCCUCCAGGGGGCAGCCGAAAGUGUUCCCCAGGCUCUCCCACGGAUCCUAAUGCCACCCUCAGCAAAGAUGAAGCAGCAGUCCACCAAGAUGGCAAGCCACGCUACAGCUAUGCCACCCUCAUCACCUAUGCCAUCAACUCCUCGCCAGCCAAGAAGAUGACCCUCAGUGAGAUUUACCGCUGGAUCUGCGAUAACUUCCCCUAUUACAAGAAUGCUGGCAUUGGCUGGAAGAAUUCCAUUCGACACAACCUUUCUCUUAACAAGUGCUUCCGGAAGGUGCCCAGACCUCGGGACGACCCUGGGAAGGGCUCUUAUUGGACAAUUGACACCUGCCCUGAUAUUUCCCGGAAGAGAAGGCACCCUCCAGAUGAUGACCUGCCCCAAGACUCCCCAGAACAGGAGGCCAGCAAAAGCCCCCGGGGAGGUGUUCCAGGGAGUGGAGAAACCUCACUUCCUCAUGAGGGGACUCCUCAGAUGUCACUGCAGAGCCCCUCUUCCAUGGCCAGCUACAGCCAGGGCCCGGGGUCUGUGGAUGGUGGAGCAGUGGCAGCAGGGGCUCCAGGCCGUGAAAGCACAGAGGGCGCCCCUCCCCUCUACAACACCAACCCUGACUUCAAAUUCUCCUACUCAGAGAUCAACUUUCAGGACCUCAGCUGGUCCUUCCGCAACCUCUACAAGUCCAUGCUGGAGAGGUCCUCCUCCUCCUCCUCACAGCACGGGUUUUCCUCACUCCUGGGAGACAUGCCGCCUUCUAACAACUACUACAUGUACCAGCAACCUCCACCUCAGCAGCAGCAGCAACAGCAGCAGCAGCCGCCACCACCCCAACAGCCACAGCAGCCACAAGCACCCGCGCAGGGCCCCUCAACUGUAGGGGGUGCCCCUCCACUGCACACCCCAAGCCCUGAUGGUUGUACUACCCCAGGGGGAAAACAAGCCGGAGCUGAAGGCUAUGGCCCCCCCGCUGUGAUGGCCAUGCAUCCCCCGCCACUGCAGCAUGGUGGCUACCACCCUCAUCAGCACCAUUCCCACCCUGCCCAGCAGCCACCGCAGCAGCAAGCACAGAGCCAGGCGCCCAUCAACAGCACUGGCUUUGGUGAGCACGGAGGGGACAGAGGAAGCUGGGAGGAGGCCUUCCCUCCAGACUGGUGCUCCAAUAUCGACUCCUUAAAGGAAAGCUUCAAAAUGGUGAACCGGCUCAACUGGUCCAGCAUUGAGCAGUCCCAGUUCUCAGAGCUGAUGGAGAGUCUACGGCAGGCAGAGCAGAAGAACUGGACCCUCGACCAGCAUCACAUCGCCAACCUGUGUGACUCGCUCAACCACUUCCUCACCCAGACUGGUCACAUGCCCCCACAAGGGGGCUCCCACCGACCACCUGCCCCUGCCCGCAUCAGUGACUCCUGUGCUCUUACCAGUGGCAAACCGGAGCCAUCUAUGAACCAAGUGAACUCUUAUGGGCAUCCACAAGCCUCCCAUCUCUACCCUGGCCCAGCACCAAUGUACCCAAUCCCCACCCAGGACACAACAGGAUACAGUCGCCCAGCACACCACAUGGUUCCUCGGCCACCUGUCCCACCUCCUGGUGCCAGCGAGGAGAUCGCCGAUGACUUCGACUGGGACUUGAUCACUUAAUGAAUCAGAGUGGACAUCAGCCCAUGGCCUGGUGGUGAAUUCUCACCAUGGGGGAAGAGCAGUCCCCGCCCAUCCUCCCCAAACCUGUAUAUAGAUAUAUAGCUUCUUCCCAUUCUCUCUGUCAGAGAAGCCACCGCAAGAUGCUGCCGAAGAUAAUCCCAUUUCCUUCUGCAUUCUCCGUUCCCUCCUAGUUCUUUUAUUAUUAUUCUAAUUAUAUUAUUAUUAUUAUUGGUUAUAUGCUGCCCAGUCUACUGCCCCUCACCAUGGGCUAUGCCCUCUUCUUUCCUAUUUGAAAUUUUCAAAUUUCAAAGCUGCAAAUCUUGGCCAUGGUAGCUGUAGAGAAAGGUUUCAAAUUCUUGUUCACCUUUCUCUGAGAAAUGCAAUGCCACUUCGACUUUUCAUCUCUAGAUUGUGUUCUGUUCCUGUCUGUUUCAGGCUGGCCUGAAGAGGCCUCAGCAAGGGGAGGGGGUCUAAGACACUGUUUGGCAGCCAUGACUUUGCAGGUUUUAUUCAAUGGUGCUAAUUGUGUCCUCUGAACUCUUCCUUUAUGUACCCAGCCUUUUCUUCCGGUAGUCCUCAUUCCCCUGGAGGGUAGGCUUGGACAGUGGAGUUGACUAGAAAGCCGUGGAGAAAUGAUGGGCUGUAAAUCAGCAUGAGGUUAGGUGGCACUGCCAUGUCAAGGGAUCUCUGGUUUCCUCCUGCCAUAUCAGGACAUCCCUGGUUUCUUUCUGCCAUGUCAGGGCAUCCCUGGCUUCCUCCUGCCAUGUCAGGGCAUCCCUGGUUUCUUUCCGCCAUGUCAGGACAUCCCUGGCUUCCUCCUGCCUUGUCUAGGUAUCCCUGACUUCCUCCUAGAUCACGCUCUCAGGUUAGCUUAUAUGGGAGGGCAUGAGGACCACUGUUCAUUAUAGGUUCAGCAUCUUGGGAACACUUUCAACUUACAGCAUUUGACUUUGGAAAAUAAUUCUUUCUGAGAAUUAACUGUGACUAUUACUGCAUAUGUAAAUUAUCUUCCAUCUUUUCCCCUUCAGCAAAUACUAUUUUGUCUUCCUAUAGCUAUUUGUCCAAAUAAUCCACCUGUCUUAUUUUUGUCUCCCAUUUUCUGGGAGCCUCAAAUGACAAAAGGAAGCCAUUCUUAUUCUGGGUUUCCUCAUGCCCUGGACGUGCCCCGGAAACCUCUUUCACGCCCGUCUCGGCAGACCCGUAUCCGUAAUAUUGCUGAUAGGAGGGAGUGAGAAAGGAAGUUGGCAUAGACGCAGGUCAGGAAUGUGUUGUCUGUGUAACAACACAGGGAGUGCUUCUCCUGAAAUCCCUAUCAAUGGGGUUGAAGCUUUUGCUUUUGACGGGCAGUGGAAAUUAUAAGAGGGAAAUUAAUAUAGAGACAGGAUCCAGGGAGGGCAGGUCACUCCUAGGCGUAGGAUGAGUAAUCUCCAUUAACAUUAAGUGGCCAGGGCUUACUACUCAGAGUUCUCAGUGUGUUUAUUGGAUUUGGCUUAAGAGAGGGAAGACCAAGUUUACUUACAUUUUUCUGAAAUGGACAAAAUGCAUAGACUAGACAAGGUCGAUCUCUUUGUGGUUUCUGGUUUUUGCUCAUUUUCUUUUGUUUAUCCAUGAUUUCCAGACAGUGUGCUUUCCAUUCUGAUUUCCCCUUCGCCAGCCCCUUUCCUUUCUUUAGAAGGGGUUCAUGUAUGAGAUUGUUGCAGUCCGGUGAGGCGAGGUGAAGGGGCAAGCUAGGGCAGUUCACUGAAGAGCACUUUAUCUCUUGAAGCCUUCGUAAGGAAAGAAGGGGGAUAAGAAAAAGCCAGUGACCUCCAGCACGGUGGGAGAUUAUAUUGGGGAGCGUUUGGUAGGGUUGAACUAUGAUGCAGUGUUUCCCACUGGGGAAGGGAGCGUUUCUCUAGUUCUCUAGUGGGCGGCACAUGCCUUUGCUUGGUACCCAAUUGGGCAUCUCCUUGUUCCUUCCCGCCAGGUUUAUUCUCUGUAGCUUCCCUUUGGUUUUUUCCCAACCUCUUGCCUUUGCAGAGCAACACUCCUUUUCUAAAGCUUUCCUGGUCAGAUCUCUAUGAGGUUGGGAAGGGCAGGCUGAACCACACUCCUAAAGGCCCCUGGCUCCUCUGUGUCCUGAGAACCAGUCUUGUGAAGAGCCCCAGUGGGCAGUCAGAGCAGCUGAAGUAUGGGCUGGGCCUGGAGAUGGCCUGAGGCCUCCUGGGCUUCCAGCUCUCCUCCACCAGGCUCAGGCUUCCAAAAUGGCACAGGACAAACUUGAUUCCCUUUGAGCCUCAGUUUCCCUCCCCUCCGUGAAGUGGAAAGAAAACUACUUUAUUUUGUUGGUCCAGUGUUGCUGGACGUGAAGUUUUGUCAUUGUUGUUGUCUUGGGUGAUGUGUGCAAAAUCGUAGGAGUCACUGCCUAUAAGAGGAAAUAAGGGAAAAAGCAGAGGAGGAGGACGGAAGGAGAGAUCAUUGGGUAUUGAUCCGCCAAUCCUAGGCUUCCUCUCCUCAACUCCCAUGUUUCUGGUUUGGUGAGUUCUUUAUACCACCCAUAAUGCUUUGCAUUGGUGCAGGCUGGGAAGAUGGUGUAUAGGCUCACAACUUGAUUUUUUUUUUUUGCAUGCUUUCUUAAUAAAAAAACAAAAAGGAAUGUUUCCAGUUUUUAUCUUAUUGGUAGUUCUAACUUCUUUUCGCCAGGGUAGGAGAGGAGGGCUGUGAGAGGACUGGGCUCCUGCUGGUACCUGCUACCCUCGUCCAUCCUUGCCACCGGGUACCAUGCUACCCUCGUCCAUCCUUGCCACCGGGUACCUGCUACCCUCGUCCAUCCUUGCCACCGGGUACCUGCUACCCUCGUCCAUCCUUGCUACCGGGUACCUGCUACCCUCGUCCAUCCUUGCUACUGGCUUGAUUAUCUGACCGUGACUGUCUGCAGGAGUGGUGGGCAAGAAAG